CCACUUUAGCCGAGGUGGGCGAGUUGGGAUAGGCUGGGAGUGGAGUAUGCUUGGCGACCGAGAAAGACAGAAAGAGGGAGAAAGAGAGAGGAGUAACAUAGGAAACCUCCAACUUCUCAUGGAUAGCGUGACGUGUGACGGGAAAUUUACGAGAUUUUUGGGGAAAAAGACAAUCAGGAAGUACGCAUCCGGGAGAAGUGGAUAACUAGCAAAGUUUAUCGCUCACUAAGAAAUACAAAUAAGAUAUUUUGUGGGAAGCGAAACACAGAGGACAACAUGCCGAGGAGGACCGUGCAAGAAGUGACCGUGCAAGAUGUCCAAAAACGGAGAAACCCCAGCAAACAUUACGUUUACAUCAUUAAAGUAUCCUGGACGGAUGGCAGCACAGAACUCAUUUACAGACGCUACAGCAAGUUUUUCGACUUGCAGAUGGAGUUGUUGGAUAAAUUCCCAGUCGAAGGAGGUCAGAAAGACCCCAAGCGGAGGAUCAUCCCGUUCCUACCGGGGAAGAUUCUUUUCCGGAGAAGCCAUAUCCGAGAUGUGGCCAUGAAAAGGUUAAGGCCUAUCAAUGAGUACUGCAGGGCCCUCAUCCAGCUGCCAGUUUACAUCUCACAAUGCGAGGAGGUCAGAGUGUUUUUUGAGACCAGACCUGAAGACCUCAACCCACCCAAGGAGGAACCAGCAGGAAAGAAAAAAUCAGGGUUUGUGGAGAGAGCGGCUACUUUCCUAAAGCGAGGAGAUGGCACAUCGGCCGACCCGCUCCUUUUGGACCAGUAUGUGGCAGUAACGGACUAUGAGAAGCAGGAAAGCUCUGAGAUCAGCCUUCGAGUGGGUCAGGUGGUGGAGGUCAUUGAGAAAAACGAGUCAGGCUGGUGGUUUGUGAGUUCAGAAGACGCCCAGGGUUGGGUUCCUGCCACCUGCCUGGAGGCUCAGGAUGACCCUGAUGACUUUGCUCUUCCAGGAGAAGAAGAGGAGAAAUAUUCCGUGGUUUAUCCCUACUCGGCCAGGGAUCAAGACGAGAUUGACCUGGAACGAGGAAUGAUUGUGGAGGUUAUUCAGAAGAACUUGGAGGGCUGGUGGAAGAUCAGGUACCAAGGACGUGAGGGCUGGGCUCCAGCGUCCUACCUGAAAAAGGCUGACAUCCAGAGCCAGAAGCAGGCAGGUGGCGUCGCACACGCUAGCACCAACGACCUGGACGGGUUCUCCAAACAGAGCCAGCCGAUCAGAGAGACCCGAGAGGGCAACCAGAAAGAAAACAGACUCUCAUUCUUCUCUGAUAACAAAAAAUUUGGACUACGACAAAGACCUCCUCCACGCAGAGAUCUUUCCAUUCCUCGUGGUACAAACCUUCCCAAGCCACCUGGUCCCCCGCAGGUGGAGGAAGAGUUCUACACAAUAGCGGACUUCCAGACCACCAUCCCUGACGGCAUUAGCUUCCAAGCUGGUGUCAAAGUGGAGGUGAUUGAAAAGAAUGGCAGUGGAUGGUGGUACAUUCAAAUAGAUGACCAAGAAGGUUGGGCCCCGGCUACUUUUAUUGAGAAGUACAAGAAGACAAGUAAUGCUGUACGGCCCAAUUUCCUGGCGCCUCUGCCCAAUGAGAUGGAACGGCUGCGAUUGGAGGACAGCAGUUCUUCAAACAUCCCGGGUACAGAUGAUAGCUGGUCUAAGCCUUUACCAGAUGAGCCCACCGCAGCUUCUGAAUCCUGCACACGGGUCAAAUUGAGAGACUGGAAAUCUGGCGCUAACAAGUCUUCUGCCUUCUCCGGACCGCUGCCUCCAGCUCCCGUGGCGCCUCCUGAUGACAAACCAGCUCUACCACCGAGAAAGGAGUCCAUCAAUAAGAGUUUUGACUCGGAUAUGGCAGAGAAACCAGCUAGGCCUGAUCAUUCCAAGCCUUUGCCUCCAAAACCACCCGCUCCUGGGGUCAUCGUGCCGCUGGUUGCGCCAAAGGCAGCGCCUUUCAAAGCGGACAAAACAUCAGAACCAAAGAAAGAAGACAAGAACAAAGCGCUUCACCUUCGCAAUGAGAUGGGUCUAGAAUGCGGUCACAAGGUCUCUGCCAAAGAAGUUAAGAAGUUCAACCUGAAGCCGGUACCCAAGCAGCCUCCGAAACCCAAGUCCGAAGCUACAGAGGAGAAACCGGAGGCAGCUUCUCCAGCGGUAUUCAUGAAACCAAAACCGGUGAUCAGACCUAAACCUGUUCCGGCUGCCAAGCCAGACCCACCAGCAGAGAACAAACUUGACAUCACCAACCUGAGAAGUAAACUGAGGCCUUCAAAACCCGUGGAUACCCCUGCUUUAGGAGAAGGCAACAAUAAUCAAAACGAUACACAUGAAGUCCAUCCUAGCGCACCAUCCUUCCAAAUCCCGUCUAUGAAUAAUGGCAAGAACUGCGACGAGUCAAAAUUCCCUCCUAGACACAUGAACGGCCAUAGUCAAGAGAGCUCGCCCCCUCCUGGAAAACCUGCGGUUCCUCCCCACAAGGAAGUCCCUCUGAGACCCCCUGCCUUGGGUCCGAGAAGACCUCCUCCUCCAAAGAAAACCUCUCCAUCCAGCCCCACUGAGAUCAAACCACCUUCUGCUUUAAAAGACCCUCAAGACCCCCCUAAGACUGGACCAUCUCAACUCAACAGACCCCCGCCCCCUAAACCAAAGGGCUUUUCUCCAGCUAGCCCGAGCAGAGAGAAAGAAGACCCCACGAGUGUUAAAAAGGCGAUUCCCCCUAAACCACAGGUGAAAAGCGACAAGCCGGGUCCACCCAGAGACAAACUCCCACCUUUGCUCAAGGAGCCCAGCAAGGAAGAGUUGUACCUGGCUGUGGCCGAUUUCGAUGGCGACGACCCCACGUCCAGCUUUAAGGUGGGGACGCUCUUUGAGGUGCUGGAGAAGAACAGCAGCGGCUGGUGGUUUUGUAAAAACAUAGGAGAAGAUGUUGAGGGCUGGAUCCCUUCCAAUUACUUGAGCAAGAAACCUUAAGGCACUCAGAAACAAGUGUACAUACAAAAGGUCACUGCUUUGUAGUUAGUAUUGAUUUUUAACUCAAUCACUGCCAGGUACAGUAUACGCAUGGUAUUCACCAGACAAUUGGACACGAGUCACAGAGACUCAGACCCGAGUCGCAAAUUUGAUGACUCGCAACUCGAGUCUCUCGAGAAAAACGCAGACUGUGACUUGACUUAAUUGAACUGGGAGCACUUUUGUUUUUGGCAGCCCUUUUAAUUUUCGUCUUAAUCUUUUGGAUGAUAAUAAUUAUUAGUCUUAGUCCAAUGUUGUUUUGGGCAGCUCUUUUAAUUUUUGUUUUAGUCUUUUUGACGAAAAUACCUAUUUGAGUAAUUUCAAAAUUGACUCGACAAUCUGUUGACUUGACACGACUCGUCUUUACAACCUUUGACUUGGCAUGACUCGUAUUUACAGCCUUGUGUCUCGACUUGACAUAACUUUAUGUCUCAACUCGACUUGACUUGAGAUAACCUUAUGAUUCGACAUAACCUCGUGACUCGACUUUACCACAACAGGUAAGACUUGGGACUUACUUAUGACUCGGAUCAUAAUAAUUCAUGCAGUUGUCGACAUAACAUUGACUCGACUCGACAUAACCUUAUGACUCCACUCGAUAUGACAAAACCUUAUGACUCCACUCGACCUAACCUUGACUCCACUCGACAUAACCGUGUGACUUGACUCGACUUGACAUAACCUUGUGACUCUUCGUGACUCGACAUAACCUUAUGACUCCACUCGACGUGACAUAACUUUAUGACUCCACUCAACAUAACCAUAUGACUCCAUUCGACAUAACCAUAUGAUUCCAUUCGGCAUAACCUUGACUUGACAUACUCUUGUGACUCGACCCGACAUAACCUUGUGACUCGACUAUCUUUUGACUUUUUUUACUUUUCUUUUGACACGACUCGUCUUGACAACCUCGUGUCUCGACUUGACUCAACAUGACCUUGUGACUCGACUCGACAUGACUUGACAUGACUCGACAUAAUCUCGUGACUCGAUAUAACCUUGACUCGACUCGACGUGACUUGACAUAACCUUAUGACUCGACUUGAGGUGACUCGACAUAACCUUGUGACUCGAGUCAACGUGAUACGACAACCUUGUGACUCGAGUCGAAGUGACUCGACAUAACCUUGUGACUCGAGUCGACAUGACGACAACCUUGUGAUUCGAGUCGACAUGAUGACAACCUUGUGACUCUACGUGACUAGACAUAACCUUAUGACUCGACAUAACCGUGACUUUACACAACAUAACCUUAUCACUCAACAUACUCUUGUGACUCAACUCGACAUAACCUUGUGACUCGACUCGACAAUCUUUUUUUUUUACUUUUGACACGACUUGUCUUUACAACUUCAUGUCUCGACUUGACAGACCUUGUGACUCGACUCGACAUGAUGUGACUCGACAUAAUCUCGUGACUCGACUCGACAUAACCUUGUGACUCGACGCGACAUAACCUUGUGACUCGAGUCGACGUGAUGCGACAACCUUGUGACUCGAGUCGAAGUGACUCGACAUCACCUUGUGACUCGAGUCGACAUGACGACAACCUUGUGAUUCGAGUCGACAUGAUGACAACCUUGUCACUCUACGUGACUAGACAUUACCUUAUGACUCCACUCGACAUAACCGUGACUUUACACAACAUAACCUUGUGACUCAACUCGACAUAACCUUGUGACUUGACUCGACAAUCUUUUGACUUUCUUUACUUUUCUUUUGACAAGACUCCUCUUGACAACUUCAUGUCUCGACUUGACAUGACCUUGUGACUCGACAUGACGCGACUCGACAUAACCUUGUGACUCGACGCGAAAUAACCUUGUGACUCGAGUCGACGUGAUGCGACAUGACCUUGUGACUCGAGUCGACAUGACGACUUUGUAACUACGUGACUCGACAUAACCUUAUGACUCCACUCGACAUGACAUAACCUUAUGACUCCACUCGACAUAACCUUGACUUGACACGACAUAAUCUCAUGACUCGACUUAACCUUGUGACUUGACCUGAUUCGACAAAAUCUUGUGACUCGACUCGACGUGACUCGACAUAACCUGGUGACACGACUCGACAUAGCCUUAUGAAUCGACUCGACAAUCUUUUAACUUUUUUGACUUGUCUUUUGACUCGACUCGACAUAACCUCGUGACUCGACUUGACUACAACAGGUAAGACUCUGAUCAUAGUGACUCGUACAAUUGUCGACAUAACCUUGACUCGACUCGACCACAACGGGUAAGACUCGGGACUUACUUGUGACUUGGAUCAUAGUGACUUUUGCAAUUGUCUGGUAUUCACAGAGUAUGUUUUGUGGUAGUUAAUAAAAGAAGAAAUCAUGUUAAAAACACCUACAUUUGCUGCCAUUGACAGAAAUAGAUGUCGAAUCCACUUCCAUUCCAUUCUCACCAAGUCAGUACGGAUUGGACAUUUGUCACUGUCACUUAAUUUUUAGGUACAUUUUUUCUUUUGUCUUCCAAAACAGCAAUAACAUUUUCAAUGGGUUGUUUGCCUCUUUCAUACUAACAUUUGAACCUUUUGUGUUUCUUUCUUAAUGGUAGCAUUAGCAUUACAGAGGACAUGUAACGUAGCAUUACAGCUCAACAUACAAGAUAUAAAAAUAGGAAUAAACCAAGUACCCAAAAAAAAAUAAAAAAAUUAAAAAUUGCUCUCUUGACAAGCUUCCAAAAGUGGUAAACAAUUGUGUUUACAGGCUUAAUGUUUUUAUAGUACGAGUUUACUUUGCUAUGUAAAAGUCAUUUGUUUUCAUGCAUGUUUAUUUUUAGCUCUUGCCAGUUUGUCCUCUUCUAAUAUUUAAGUUUGCCUUCAUGUGCAACAUGUUCUCCUACACUUUUUUUUUUUUAAACACGAGAGGUCAGGCAAAUAUUUGCACACAGUAGAGUUGUCGAUAGACAUUUUAUUUCACGUACCAAAUUUCCUCAAGUAGUGGACUGCUUAAAUCAACGCCCUGACCUUAUGAAUUGCCAGGUGCAUUGUUAACUUGAAUUAAUAAAAUGGUGCAUAUGUUUA